GCGUGUGUGUGCGUUUCGUCAUUUCAUUUAAAAUUUAAAUAAUUUCAUUACUGCCAAAAAAAUAUUCUGAUUGAUCAGAAUAAUCAUCUGACCACAUUCUGCACUGAGAAAACGCAUUACAAUCGCCAAGUUCAUCAACCAUCAUUUCAAACGAUCAUCAUUAUAUUUCGUAGAUACAACAACAAAAAUGACCAAAGAUAGAUUGGCCGCAUUAAAAGCGGCACAAGUGGAUGAAGAAGAUGUCGCUGUCGGUGUGGAAGAAAAAGGUGGCUACAUGGAAGAAUUCUUCCAAGAGGUAGAACAAAUUCGUGAGAAUAUUGAAAAAAUGCAAGCAAAUGUUGAAGAGGUGAAGAAAAUACAUUCAGCUAUAUUAAGUGCACCACAAACCGAUGAUAAGGUCAAACAACAGCUAGAAGAUUUAAUGGGCGACAUAAAAAGGACGGCAAAUCGUGUGCGAGGAAAACUAAAAGUAAUGGAACAAAAUAUUGAACAAUUGGAACAAACAUCAAUGAUGAGCGCCGAUUUUCGUAUACGUAAAACGCAACAUUCAAUGUUAUCACAAAAAUUUGUCGAAGUUAUGACUGAUUAUAAUAAAACACAAACAGAUUAUAGAGAAAGAUGUAAGGCAAGAAUACAAAGACAAUUGGAAAUUACCGGUAGAUCAACGACUAAUGAAGAGCUAGAAGAGAUGCUCGAAAGUGGUAAUCCUGCCAUUUUUACUCAAGGAAUCAUGACCGAUACACAACAAGCAAAACAAACAUUGGCCGAUAUUGAAGCAAGACAUGCUGAUAUUAUUAAAUUAGAAAAUUCAAUCAGAGAAUUGCACGAUAUGUUUAUGGAUAUGGCCAUGUUGGUCGAAUCACAAGGAGAAAUGAUUGAUCGAAUUGAAUUUCAUGUAUCCAGUGCAUUGGAAUAUGUUGAAGAAGCGGUAAAAGAUACGAAAAAAGCAAUGGAAUAUCAACGUAAAGCACGAAGGAAACAAAUUAUGAUAAUCAUAUGUUUGGUCAUUAUUGCAUUCAUUCUUGUUUCAUUAUUCCUAAGUUUCAUACCAUUUUAAAUUGAUUAUUACCAUUGUCUUCACAAAUUUGAUCUACCAUCAAAAAUUUGAAAAAAAAUCAUUGAGAAUUCACACCUAAAAUGGAUCAAUUCAUGACAUGACAACAACAACAACAACAACAACUACCAGAAUUAUGCAAGUGACAUCAAGAAUGUUUCUGUGUGUCUACUGCUACUGAUGCUGCUGCUGUUAUUAAUUAAUUGAUCAAGUGUCGACGAUU